CACUCAGAUAGGAGGGGAAGCUGAGGAGGUUAAGACUGUGACAGAGGAGGAGGACAAGAGAGGAGGGCAACGGUCAGGUCAAGGUAGAAAACAGGAGCAGAAGAAAAGAAGGGAGAAAAAGAGUCUGACUGAAACUGGAGGAGGAAGAGAAGAAGAAGACGAGGAGGAGAGCACGGUGUGGAGUUUAGAAAAAAGACAGGAGGAGGAAGACUGUUGCAAUGUGACUGUGAAGGAGGAGAGACAGGACAGCUGAUGUGACUUCGGAGUAAAACCAAAGUAACCUCGUGGAGAAGAAGAAGAAGAAGAAGAAGAAGAGGAGGAGAAGAUAAGGAGGAGAAGAGGGAGCAUCAGAUGAUCAUUUGCAGUGUCGCUUUGUUGUGUUUGAGGAGCAGAUCUGAUCUGGAUGAUGGGCUGCUGUCUGUUUGUUUACUAUCGGAAGAAGAGGAAGCAGGCCAGUAGAGAUGCAGACUCCCUCAGCCUCUGCAGUCUGGACAUCAAUGAGCCGAGCACAAAGCGCAGUAAACUUGUAUCCAGGGUGACGUCUCUCGCCAACCUGCUGCCGCCGGUCAAGACAGUACCACUGAAGAGGAUUGGUCAGACGCUACAGCGCUCCAUCAGCUUUCGUAAUGAAACUCAGACGGAGAGAACCGCCGCUCAUCCUCCCCCCUCAUCGUCGACACUAAAGUCGCGCACUUUCCCAGCGACGGUCUCCAACUCGUGCUCUUCCAUGACUCAGACACGGGUAUCAUCAGCAUCAGCUCAAACCUCAAAGCGCCGGGACAGCAAACUCUGGAGUGAGACGUUCGACGUCCACCUUGGAGCGACACAACCUUUGAGCCCGAAGGAGAUUAAACGACAAGAGGCUAUAUUUGAGCUGGCUCAGGGCGAACAAGACUUAGUUGAGGAUCUCAAGUUGGCAAAGAAGGCCUACCAUGACCCGAUGCUGAAGCUGUCAAUCAUGACCGAGCAGGAACUGAACCAGAUCUUUGGCACUCUGGACUCUCUGAUACCUCUGCAUGAAGACCUGCUGAGUCGUCUCCAAGACGCAAGAAAAGCUGACGGCUCCACAGAACAUGUGGGACACAUUCUCACUGACUGGCUGCCCUGCCUCUUCUACACUCCGUACUGCAGUAACCAGGUGAAGGCGAAGUCUUUGUUGGACCAGAAGAAGCAGGACCGGCGGGUGCAGGACUUCUUGCAGCGCUGUCUCCAGUCGCCCUUCAGCAGGAAGUUGGACCUGUGGAACUUCCUGGACAUCCCCCGCAGUCGACUGGUGAAAUACCCGCUGCUGCUCAGAGAGAUCCUGAAACACACGCCCAACGAUCACCCCGACCGACAGCACCUCGAUGAGGCGAUGCUGAUGGUUCAGAGCGUGGUGGCGGACAUUAACAGCCGGACGGGGGAGUCGGAGUGUCAGUACUACAAGGACCGUCUGUUGUACUCAGAGUACACACACAGGGAUGAACUCAUCGGCCGGUCCAGGACGCUCAGUUGCCAUGGAGAGCUGAAGAACAACAGAGGACUCAAGCUUCACGUGUUUCUGUUCCAAGACGUCCUGGUCAUCACCAGGUCUAUCUCUCUAAACGACCAUCCAGUCAGCUACCAGCUCUGCCGACAGCCAAUCCCCAUCCGGCAGCUGGACCUGGAGGACCUAACAGACGGGGAGAUGAGAGUGGGCGGGUCCAUCAGAGGAGCCUUCAGCAAUAAUGAGCGUACAAAGAACUUUUUCCGGGUAUCGUUCCGCCUUGGAGGUCAGCUGCAGAGUCACUGCUUCCAGGCCAGCGACGCCUUCAACAAACAGCAAUGGAUCAACUGUAUCAGACAAGCGAAAGAAGCUGCGGCACUGACCGGAGAGCAGCCGGCACAGACGGGACAGAGUCUGGAGACAGGGCUGGGUGGACACAUAGGCCCGCUGGGGGAGACAGGUCUGAGAUUGUGUGGAGAGUCAGAGCUUGAGGAUGGAAAAGGAAACUGGGGUGAGAUGGAGGCAGGGCUGGGUUUAGAAAGAGAGGAAGGUGUGAGUGGAGGGAAAGAUCUGAGUUUGGGUGAAGAGGCAGGGGUGGGUUUAACUCCAGAGACAGAGACCAGGAGAGGGAUGGAGACCGUUUUGGGAGGGGAUGGGGAUUUGGAAUUAGAUGGAGAAAUUGGGUUGGAUGGUGAGACAAGUCUGAGGAGCAGUGAGAUGGAUGCAGGUGUGAAGAUGGAGACAGGGCAGGGGGUCGGAGGUGAGAUAGAUGCAGAGCAAGAAGCUGAUGUGAAGGUGGAUGAAGGAAGCAGAGGAGAAAGAGGUGAGGUUCUAAGCGGUGGUGGUACUAAUAUAUCCGCCUCCAUUUCCCCUUGUACUCCUCCUGACCAAGAGGUGAAGGAGGAGGAGCACAAUGACGCCGAGCAAGUGGAGGAGGUGGUGAUGGAAACUGGCGAGGUAGCCUCCCUGCAGUGCGAGGAGCUGAGCUUUAGAUGCUGAUGUUUGGACCAAUUUUUUUUUUUAAAAAGACAAUAAAACACUGACGGUCUGCCGCUGCUGCUGCAGUCAGUCAAAUCAAAGACUUGAUGAUGAUGCCAAAGGAUUAUCAACGAUAUGAAACUCAAACAACGGAUAAGUUCCAGAACACUGUAACUGCUGUAACCAUGGUAACCCUUUCAUUCUAGAAUGCUACAACAUCAGUCAGUUUUGCGCCCAGUUACACUGGUCCUAUGUACUGUGCUCAUUCCACUGACGUAUUGAUGCCAUUUUCAAAGACGCUGCCAUGAUCUAUGCAUCGGUGAAAACCUCAGAGAGAGGUUAUUGUGCUGUUCUACACGUCAUACAUACACAUAUAAUUACAAUGUGGGAUAUUCAUGCUUAAGCUGGGUAAAUGUCUAAUUAAUAGGUAAAUGACGUCAGAGUAAUCCCUCAGUCUUCAGAUGUCAGUCUCUGCUCUAAACACCAGGUUUCAGAAAGUGUUUUCAUACAGCUCCAGAGAGCUGACCUAUCAGAAGACCGUGGGCAUUUAACAACGGAUUAUAUAUGAAAUGAUGCAGCUCUGGAGAAAAUUGAGAGACCACUCCAAAACUUUCCUUAAAUCAGCAUCUCUAUGUGCUUGGAAGCUUUCCUUUUCCAGCCUCUGUUGAAGUUUAAUCCCUCAUUCUACUUACUCAAAGGCUUACUAUGCGACUUUCAGAGAAGAUUUUCUAGCUAAAACAAUUGGGAUGACACGCCGUAAUUAUGCCCCCUAACCAAAUCAAAAUUUACGACAAAAAGUAUACAAAACAGAGACACAACGUCACCUAACAGCAUCGUGAAGACUGGUGGAAAGCAUGCCAAGAUGCAUGAAAGCCGUCAUUAAAAAUCUCAGUAAUUCUUCGGAGCAGGUGGCCUUGUGGUUAGUUUUCGCACCCCUUGUACGGAGGCUAUAGUCCUCCAAAGUGUGCGGCCCGGGUUCAAAUCACACCCAUGGCUCCUUUCACACAUGUCAUCCCCCACUCUCUCUCCCUUUCCACUUGAUUUCUGACUCUAUCCACUGUCCUGUCUCUCCAACAAAGGCACACAAAAAAACAGAGUAAUUCGAGCAAAUACUGUUUUCUAAACUCUUUACGGUAGUAUACUGUUGAGUAUGAACUUGUCAGCAUUAUUCAAGGCCCUGAAACACUGCAUCUUUUUAAUGAUAUUAGUUAUUUUAUAUUCAGUUGACAAUUUCUGCAAAAAGAAAAAAGACUUAAAUGAAAAUAUUUCAUUUGAAAAUUUGAAGAAAUGUUUUAUACAUUAAAACCAAAAAGUUAUAUAUCACACAAAUACAAACAUAUUUACAGUAAUGGUUUAAAAAAACAUGUAUGUUUGCAGUGGUCUCUUCAUUUUUUUUCAGAGCUGUUGCACCACUGUUCCUCUUAUGCAAUUCAUGGUCUCACCACCAAAUACUCCUCCCAGGGUCAGACCAGAGACUAUUUAUACAGUAGGCCUAUGUGAAAAUGGACUUAGGCCCUCAAUGGGUAUAAAAAUCUAAGCCAGAGUUUAAGUGCCUUAAAUCUUUCUAAUGGCCAGCGGAGGGCGACUCAACAAGUCCAAAUCUCACUUCUCCCUUGAUUUAUUACCUCACUAAGCAUUUUCUUAAUGAGUGAAUAAUCAUUUUGGUAAAUUAAUUGUUUCAUGUUUGGAUUUUGAAAGCUGAGUAAUCUUAAGCUUUUUAAAAAGUUUCUCUGAAUUGUUGCCAAAGCAUAACGUAUGCAUUCAUUACUGUUGUUGGUAAUUAAAGAGGAUUAUGUCCUGAAAUAAACAAUUGGUUUGCUGCCAGUGAAAAGACAUUACGGAUAUGAAGAAAAUUCAAGCUGUCCUUGUAACAUGACCUUUCCCUCACUACAUGCUCCGCUUAUCCCAAAUAGUUGUGCAAUAAUGCAAUUCAUGAGAGACAAGGUUACCAACGCAGUAUUGUAUUUGAGCAAUUAAUCUACUGGAAGCAUUCACAAGACAAUCAGUUUGUCUUGUGUAGUUUGCCACGGUAUCCUUGAAAAAGAAUCAAGUUUAACAAAGCUGCAGUAAAUUUAAAUGUUGAGUGUUUGUCAUGGCAGUCAGAACAAUCAUGAAGGAGGAGCCUGUGUGUAUGUACUGUAUGUAUGUAAAGAAUGUAUAUUAAGCCUAUCUGUAUAUGAAUGUAGGAAAAAAGCCAAACAUGUCUUAGACAUGAAAACAUGCAACAAUGUCAAGAAAAUCUGUUUGACAUUUCACAUUACUUUUGUCAACUGUUGUGAUUGUGUUGUUCCUUUUGAAGACUGUGAUGAUACAAUGGAUAACAAAGGCAAACAAGGUGUGAUGAAACCUGUUUCCAAAGUUUUCAAGACUGGUUAUUUGCACAUACCAAAUAUUAAGAGAACAUGUCUAAGACAAUACUUGUACAUACCAUCAGUCAUCUAAUGUGUGGGUGGUCAUUAGACCAAAACAUAAAUAAACUGUUUAAAAAAAA